UCACAGGGAUGCGAUGACAAGGAUCUACCUGAGUAGAUACUUAGUAACGCAGACAUUAUAUAAAAGUUGUCAUUGAGUUUUGUGUAAUAUUUCCCACUUCCCUGCCACUGUGUUUCAAAUAUAUUGUUUACCUUUCCUCGCCAUGGAAACCGUUAAAGGUCGAUGUUGCCAGCGAGACUAUGACGUGUUCGCAGUCGGAAAAGCCAAAUUUAAGGUGUCGCAGUGCAUGCGCUUAGAGCGCGAUAUGCACAGCUUCAGAGAGUUCCAGGAGAUGCAGCACGACCUGGAUAAGAUUAACAGUCUGAAACUCUCCAAGGAAAUGACACGGGAUGCAUUCGACAGGACGGCCAUGACACAUGAGAUGCAGCAAUUAAAGAACGCGGAGUUCGUGGAGAAGAAGCGCCGUCAGCAGUUGCGCCAGGAUUGCGAGGAGCUCCGGGAUUUGGCAGAACAACUCCGUCUGGCUGCCAUUUCCAAGCAGAUAGCCGAUGACCUAGCGGAACGGAGUCGCAUCCGCCAGCUGGCCGUUCAGGAUGAAGCAAAGGAGGUGUCCGAAGACCGCUGCUUGUUUGAGGCGAAGCGGCGCGAGGCAGAAGUAGCCCGCAAGGAGCAGCAGCGUUGCCUACGUGAAUCCCUCGUCAGCCAAAUGGAGGAAAAUCGCUUACGUCGCCAGCGGCAACACGCUCAAGGGAUGAACGACCGGGAGCAAAGCCAGGCCAAACAGAAGCAGAUCCAGGAGGAGGAUCGUGCUAUUCAGCUUGAACUGGAAGAGCGAAAAGUGCAGAAACGGCGUGACAUGUUGCGGUCCAUCGAGGAGAACAAGCAGCAAAGAGAGUGGGAACGGGCACAUAAUCUGCAGGAGCUGGGAAAACUACUCGAGAAACAGUCGGAGAUCGAAGACAGAAAGUUGCUGCUGGAGGAAGUACGUCUGCAGGCACAGCGAAAGAAGCAGGAAAUCAGCGAUCGCCUGGGCGAACAGGUUCUCCAAAUCGAGAACCAGAAGCGUUAUCGAGAAAACCUUUUGCAGGAUCUGCUGGAAGCGGAGUACAUAGCCAAGAGUGACGAGCGCUUCCGUCAGCAGAUUCAGCAGGAGCAAAUGUCGCGGCGUCGAAGCAAGCUCGAGAUGGACCGUUAUCGUUUGGAAUUGGAGCACCGCAAGAUGGAGGAAAUGCAGUUGAAGCGCACUGAGAUCGAGACCCGCCACCAGGAGGUGUCUGGCACAAACUUGGAGGCCGAGAAACAGCUCGAGAGCUACCGCAGGCGUAGGGCGCACGGGGCCUCCCUGCUGGCCAUGAUGGACGACAAUCAGCGCAAGCGAGCAGAGGCCACCGCCGAAACCGUUAAGUACUUCGACAUGAAGGCCAAGUCCGACGCCGAGUUAAAGGACCGGAUUAGGCGAGAGCGGUUGCUCAUGUUGGGCCAGGUGCCAGCCUCUGUUCUGCGAUAUUUGCCAAAUCAUGUGCUGACCUCUACGGAUCGAGAGCACUUCUUCGUCUCGGGGGAGGAUCAGCAGCCAAUGGGCGGUGGUGAUAUGUAGUCUAUGUUGGCCCUGUAAUUGUCCUAAUAAAUCAAUUCAAAUCUUCAUCCACCCGCCA